AGGUGCUUCUUACACAAUUUUUAAUUUUCUAGAAUUGUGCAAAAAUAUUGAAUCAAAAUCUAAAAUUCUAUCAACAAAAUGUCCUCGAUACGGCUGUUCAACGCAUCCCCAAACUAUCGAUACGCCUAUACGAUACUGAGUUGCUUGCGACCGUCCAUCAAUCGAUUCUACUCGUCAUCCCAGGCGAAGGAUGCCGGAGAGGACAGUGAUCUGCCGGUAACAUUCGUCGAGGAUGAUGACCAGCUAGCCGAACGGGAAGCUCGCAUCGAGCAGCUACGGAACAAAUCUCGUCUGCUACCGCAGCAUCGCAACAUGCUACACAACCAGCGGCCGUACGGGGAGUCCCAAUCGUGGAUUCACGAAACUGUCAAGUACAAGCGCAUGAUGCUGGGCCGAUACGGGCUGGAAGAAAGCCAAGUUGAUCCACGAAUCUGCUACCCAACCAAGGCCGAAGCACUGGAAAAAGCCGAGUACGAACGCGUUGCUUUCCCAAAAACCCUCCAAGAGAUGAUGGAAGAGAAUAGGAAGGCCCAACAGGAGAAGGCUGCUCGCAUCAGGACACGUGAGGAGGAUGUUGCCAAGAAGAUGGAAAAACUGGACCAUUGGGUAGCGGAUUUGAAUACUAGGAUUGCGAAGAAGGAAGCGGAGGCUCGCGCUGCCAAGGAACGCAAAGAUCGUUUGGUGGAGGAAGUUCGAAGGCACUUCGGGUUCCGAAUUGACCCUAGAGACGAACGCUUCCAGGAGAUGUUGGCCCAGAAAGAGAAGGAAGAUCGCAAAAAGGUCAAGGAAGCCAAGAGGAAGGAGAAGGAGAUCAAGAUGAUGGAGAAACUGAAGAAGCGGACGGCCGAAUUGGAGAACGAUGGCUCUAAGGAUGGGGCAAAGGCGAAAACCGAGGAUGUCGAUAGGAAGUAAGAAGAUUGUCGUGUCGGUAUUUCUGUA